AUGUCCAUUGCGGUGUUCGUUGCAAUUGGACAAGCUCAAUCAGGAUUCUCCAAUUUUGGAGAUGGCGCCAACAAUGGUAAUCAAAAGGGACAAAAGAAAGAGAAACCAAAAUACGAACCUCCGGUACCUACGCGGACAGGACGUAGAAAAAAGAGAAUGCAAUCGGGCCCAGACGCGGCCACGAAGCUCCCUGCAGUUCUGCCUACUACGCGCUGCCGUCUGAGACUUUUGAAAAUGCAACGAAUUCAUGACCAUCUCCUAAUGGAGGAAGAGUAUGUAAAAAACCAAGAACGUCUCAAGCCCCAGGACGAAAAGACGCAGGAGGAACGCAAUCGGGUUGACGAGAUUCGGGGGACCCCAAUGUCUGUGGGUACGUUGGAGGAACUAAUUGAUGAUGACCACGCCAUUGUUUCGACUGCUGGACCCGAGUACUAUGUUUCCAUCAUGUCAUUCGUUGAUAAAGACAUGCUGGAGCCCGGCUGCAGCGUUCUCCUACACCACAAGACUCUGAGUAUUGUCGGUGUGCUGCUUGAUGACACGGACCCUAUGAUUAAUGUAAUGAAGUUGGAAAAAGCACCCAACGAAAGUUAUGCCGACAUCGGUGGUCUCGAAUCUCAGAUUCAAGAAAUCAAAGAGGCCGUCGAGCUUCCUCUUACCCAUCCAGAGCUCUACGAAGAAAUGGGUAUCAAGCCACCAAAGGGUGUCAUUUUGUACGGUUCUCCCGGUACCGGUAAAACGCUUCUUGCCAAGGCUGUGGCUAACCAAACCUCUGCCACCUUUCUGCGUGUUGUCGGCUCUGAACUUAUUCAAAAGUACCUGGGUGACGGUCCGCGUUUAGUGCGUCAACUCUUCAAGGCUGCUGAGGAUCAUGCACCUUCUAUCGUCUUUAUUGAUGAAAUCGAUGCCAUCGGUACCAAGCGGUACGACGCUCAGUCGGGUGCCGAACGCGAAAUUCAACGAACCAUGCUUGAGCUGCUGAACCAGCUCGAUGGUUUUGAUACCAGUAACCGUGACAUUAAAGUGAUCAUGGCUACGAACCGCAUUAACGAUCUCGAUCCAGCCCUCAUCCGUCCUGGACGUAUUGAUCGUAAAAUCUUGUUUGAAAACCCUGAUGAAAACACAAAACGCAAGAUUUUCAACAUUCACACCUCUAAAAUGAACCUCGGUGACGACGUGAAUUUGGAGGAGCUUAUCCAAUGCAAAGACGAACUGUCCGGUGCUGAAAUCAAAGCCAUUGUUUCUGAAGCUGGUUUGCUUGCUUUGCGCGAACGUCGUAUGCGUGUUGUGAUGGAUGACUUUAGACAAGCUCGUGAAAAGGUUUUGAAGACCAAGGACGAGAGUGGACCUGUGAGUGGACUUUAUCUUUAG